ACUGGUCAUUCUGAGGUGACACUUCAUGUGAUACAAGGCACAAGCAAAGACAAGAAACUCACACUGAAACAAGUAAAGCUGUCCCUAAACGAUAAUGCACAGUUGGAAAUUCUGGAGAAGAAAAUAAAUGAUGCUAUCAAAUCAAUCACAGAGGGUGUCCGUCCAAGAAGAUUGCUGGCGAUAGUAAAUCCUAUAGGAGGAGGUCAGAUUGGGGAGAAGAUCUACACAACCAAAGCAGCGCCAUUGUUUGCCCUGGCAGGAAUAGAAGUAUUGGUGAAAUUGUCUGAGAGACCUAAACAUGCAAUAGAACUUGCAAGGGAAACAGAUCUGAAGGAUUUUGACGGUGUAGUGGCAGUUGGCGGUGAUGGGACGUUUACAGAAGUGUGUAAUGGUCUUAUAGAAAGGAACCUCAAAGAUGGCGCUCCGAUUCUCCCAAUAGGAAUCAUUCCUGCAGGUACAGGAAAUGCAAUGAUUGAGGGAUUUUCAGGAAGCCAUGACAUCACCGCAGCAGUGCUUACAAUUAUAAGGGGUUCUACCUACAAAAUAAACGCACUUGAGGUAAAAAGUGCUGGGGAUGUUAUCUACUAUGGGACUUUUAUGUUUGGCAUGGGGUUCUUUGGUCAGGUUAUUCACAAAGCUGAAAAGAAGAGACAUUUAAAGAAGUUACGUUACCCAGUAACAAUCAUAACUGGCAUAAAGAACCUCCCAUCUUGCAAUGUAGAGCUUGACAUCACAUACACUAACAAGGAUGGAGAGGAUUUGCAACCAUCGGACUGGACCACUGUUCGUGGGUCGUUCACAUCUGUUAGUUACAUGCCUACAGAUCAAGUCGAUGAUGACGGUUACUGGACAUCAUCCAUAAGAAAUCCUACACUGGAACUCACAUUCAUGCCUGAUGCUACAAGAAUGGAUAUGAUUAAAUUAUUUUAUUGCAUGCUGAAACGAAUGAAUGGUGAAGAUUGGGUCCUUCCUGAAUCAAUGUAUAGUGCACCUUUUCGACAAGUAAAGAUAAAAGCUGUUAAUCCAGAGGAUAAAGUAGCACGAUUGUUAAAUAUUGAUGGAGAGCCCAUCUCGUUAGACAAUCCAGAGGUUGACAUAAGGCUCCUGCACAAGCUACUACCAAUUUACAGUCGCAAUAUACUCAAAUAACUACAAGAGAUGAGUGAAUCACAAACCUCACAUGCAGCUACUCCUAACUUGACUUGUGCAGGACACAUCUGGUU